UGGCACCCUCAGUUUCCAUGUCCGUUCUGGUAGUAGCAUGGGUCCUUUGCAUCUUCAUGCAUUAUAGAAAUAUGGUUAUUGGAGCUGGCUUUGUGGCAGCAUCUAAUUCAUCAGCGCUGGAUCUAGAAGCGAAGGCUUUGAUAGAGAGUGGGUGGUGGAGUGGCUACUCCAAUGAUACCUCAAUUCAUUGCAGGUGGAGUGGAAUUACAUGCAAUGAUAGAGGAAGCGUCAUAGAGAUUAACAUGGGCGGAUACUAUCUGGGAGAUAAGUUUCGAAAAUUCAACUUCUCAUCCUUCCCAAAUUUAGAAGCUCUUUAUCUUUAUGAUGCUGGACUUCGAGGGAGCAUCCCACCAGAGAUUGGUACUCUUUCUAAACUCACCCACCUUCUGCUAUACUCUAAUAAUCUUACAGGUAAUUUCCCUCUUUCACUUACGAACCUCACUCGAUUAGAGGUGUUUUCCAUUUACAAUAAUCAAAUCAGAGGUUCCAUCCCCAAUGAAUUGGGAGAUUUAAAAAAUCUUGUUCAAUUAGAUCUGGGACUUAACAAACUCACAGGACCAAUUCCUUCAACUCUGGACAUUUUUACCAAUCUUCACAAUUUGAAAUUUUUGUUGCUUGAUUCGAAUCAAUUCAACGGCUCCAUCCCCCCAAAAAUAGGCAACAUGAAAAGUUUGACAGUCUUGUACCUCAGAAAUAAUAGCAUUGUUGGUGAAAUUCCUUCCACUAUUGGUUGUUUAACUAGUUUGUCAACUUUUUCUCUUGAUUCGAACCAAAUCAAUGGCUCCAUUCCCAUGGAAAUAGGCAACAUGAAAAGUUUGACAUUCUUGUCCCUCAGUAAUAAUAGAAUUGUUGGUGAGAUCCCUUCCACUAUUGGUCAUUUAACUAGUUUAUCAAGUUUUUUUCUUGAGUCAAACCAAAUCAAUGGCCCCAUUCCCGUAGAAAUAGGCAACAUGAAGAGUUUAAGAAACUUGAACCUCAGCAAUAACAGUCUUUCAGGUGAAAUCCCUUCCACUAUAAGUCAUUUAAAUGAUUUAUCAAUUUUGUCACUUAGUUGGAAUCAAAUCAACGGUCUCAUCCCUUCCAUUAUAGGUCAUUUACCUAAUUUGACCGUUUUGUCCCUUAGUUGGAAUCAAAUCAGUGGUUCUAUCCCUGUAGAAUUAUCUAACUGCUCUUCACUGGCCAACUUGUCUUUAAGCCACAACUACUUAAAUGGAAGCAUUCCCUCUCAAUUCAGUCAACUUUUUUCUUUACGUUCGAUUGACCUCAGCUACAAUAAACUCACAGGAAAUAUUCCUCAUUAUCUUGUUAACUUAGAAUUCAACCUGUCAUACAAUUCUUUGAAUGGUCAAAUCUCAAAUAUUUUCCAAAAUCAUAGUUUUGACACAUUUAUUGGCAAUAAGGAUCUAUGUGGUGACUUCAAAGGUUUCUCUCCUUGCCUUCCAUCUUCCCAAAACAUGAGCAAAAUAAAAAUAUUAGUUACCAUUACAACUUUCAUUGCACUUUCACUUCUUGGGUAUUUUUUCUAUCGAUGUUGGGUUGGGAAAACACAAUCCAAUCCAAGCCAAACAAAAAAUGGGGACUUGUUCUCAAUUUGGAAUUUUGAUGGAAAAAUUGCAUAUGAAGAUAUCAUUGAAGCAACAAAUGACUUUGACAUUAGAUAUUGUAUUGGAACUGGUGGUUAUGGUAGUGUUUACAAAGCACAAUUGCCUAGCGGUAAAGUGGUUGCCUUGAAAAAACUUCAUCACUUAGAGGCUGAGGACCCAACUUUUGACAAGAGUUUUAAGAAUGAGGUCAAAAUGUUAACAGAAAUUCGGCAUAAAAACAUUGUGAAACUUCAUGGCUAUUGUUUGCAUAAACGAUGCAUGUUUUUGGUUUAUCAAUACAUGGAAAGGGGAAGCCUAUUUUGUAUCCUAAGCAAUGACGUUGAAGCAAUAGAAUUGGAUUGGAAUAAGAGGAUGAACAUCAUCAAAGCCAUAGCACAUGCCUUAUCUUACAUGCAUCAUGAAUGCAUCCCAGUAAUUAUUCAUCGAGAUAUUUCAAGCAACAAUAUUCUAUUGAACUCUAAGUUGGAGGCUUUUCUCUCUGAUUUUGGCACGGCUAGACUUCUUGAUCCAAAUUCCUCCAACCAAACUCUAGUUGUUGGGACCUACGGUUAUAUUGCCCCAGAAUUGGCAUAUACUAUGGUGGUGACUGAAAAAUGUGAUGUUUACAGCUUUGGAAUGGUAGCACUAGAAAUAUUAAUGGGAAGACACCCAGGAGAUCUCUUGACUUCAUUAUCAACAUUAUCUUCUCAAAAAUUAAUGUUAACAGAAAUAUUAGACCAACGUUUGCCACCUCCAAAUCGUUCAGUUGCACAAGAUAUAUUCUUUGCUACUUCUAUAGCCUUUGCAUGCUUAAGCACCAAACCAAAGUCUCGGCCUACAAUGAAAUGGGUGUCCCAAGAAUGUCUUUCAGGUAAGAAACCACUGGCCAACCCUUUGCAUGCAAUUUCGCUAUGGCAGUUAAAGAAUCAAGAAACUUAUAUGAUGGGAGAGAGUGAAACUCAAUAAUGUUGUUAGGUUGUGUGUCAUAUGGUUUGAUGAACUUAUAAGAAAAUAAAAUGUUGUAUUCAAAGGUUUAUCUAUUUUUCUCUAAGAAACGAAAGUGGUAGAAAAAUCAUGUAACCCUUCAAGGUUUAUCUAUUUUUUGUUAUGAUUUGUGACCUG